AUGCCUCCUACUGUUCAAACUAAUGAACCCGAAAGGGAAAAACGACCGCAGAGGACUGGUGAAAGGAGGUCUGAAUUAGUUACAAGAGUCAAGUAUUGUAAUACGCUCCCUGAUAUACCCUUUGAUUUAAAAUUCAUUACGUACCCAUUUCCUUCCACAAGAUUUAUUCAAUACAACCCUACAUCUUUAGAGAAGAAUUACCGGUACGAAGUGCUGACUGAGCAUGAUUUAGGAGUGCACAUUGAUUUAAUCAAUCGUGACAUCUAUCAAGGCGAUGGCAAUGCGACGUUAGAUGUUGCGGAUGAAAAGCUUUUAGAAGAUGAUGUUCUUACUCCACAAGAUUCUAAAAGAUCUCGACAUCAUGCCAAGAAUGUGUCUUGGUUGCGGCGUUCUGAGUAUAUUUCAACUGAACAGACAAGAUUCCAGCCACAAUCUAUGGAAAAGGUUGAAGCCAAAGUUGGUUACAAUGUUAAAAAAAUAUUUAGUGAAGAAACACUAUAUAUGGAUAGAGACAGCCAGAUUAAAGCUAUUGAGAAGACAUUUGAAGAUAACAAAAAGCCUAUAGAGAAACAUUACAGUAAACCGGGUGUCACACCCGUUGAGAUCAUGCCAGUGUUCCCAGACUUUGAAAUGUGGAAGUACCCAUGUGCCCAGGUUAUAUUUGACACUGAUCCUGCACCAGCUGACAAGAAUAUAGCAGGACAGAUUGAAGCCAUGUCACAGGCUAUGAUUCGAGGUGUGAUGGAUGAAAGCGGUGAACAAUUUGUGGCAUACUGUCUUCCGACUGAAGAUACCAUACAGAAACGCAGACGUGAUGUAACAGAAGGUAUCCCAUACAUGGAUGGUGAUACUUAUGAGUACAAAAUGGCCAGGGAGUACAAUUGGAAUGUUAAAAGCAAGGCUUCUAAAGGCUAUGAAGAAAAUUAUUUUUUGGUUGUCCGCAACCAUUGCGUGUACUACAACGAGCUGGAAACCCGUGUCCGAUUGUCGAAACGUCGCGCUCGUGCUGGUGUCGCCGCCCAGGCCCUGACGCGUCUAGUGGUUACUCACAGGCCGUUAAGUGCAUCUGAGCACCGCAUGCUUAGACUUAGAGAGAAGCAAUUGGAGCCACCUCAGGAUGAAGACGAAGAAGAGGAGGAGGAAGAAGAGGAUGAAGAAGAAGAAAAGCAGGAACAGAGUGAAGAAAAAGAGAGGUCCCGUUCCCGUUCAAAGUCGGCAUCGAAAUCGCCCCAAGGGUCUGAAAGAUCGAAAGCAUCAAAUGGUUCUGGGUCCGGUUCAAGGGAAAAGUCCAGAUCGAGGUCGAAAUCGAAGUCAAGGUCGAGGUCCAAAUCGAAGUCCAGGUCUAGGAGCCGUUCGCGAUCAGCUUCCGGCUCAAGGAAGUCAAGAUCCAGGUCGGGCUCAGCCCAGUCGGGAUCCGCCAGGUCGGGUUCUGGCCGGUCUCGAUCGGGAUCCAGGGCGUCGUCCAGAGCAUCAUCGAGGGCAAGCUCUAAAAGCGGAAAGGGAUCCCGAGCGAGUUCGGCCAGUGGACGAGCCAGCUCUAGAGGGAGUGACAAGGGCUCCAGAGCAAGUUCUAAGGCAAGUUCUCGAGCUUCAUCGCGAGCAAGUAGGCGUUCCUCUCGAGCCUCCUCUAGGCCGUCUUCCAAAGCUUCCGGCUCGAAAGCAUCCUCUAGAGCCAGCUCUAGGAGAAAUUCCGGCUCUGGUAGCGGUUCGGACAGGUCUAGGAGUCGCUCGGCUAGUGGUUCAAGACAGGGCUCUAGAAGCGGUUCAGCUUCAAGCGCUUCUUCGAAACACAGCGGCUCUGAU